AUGUGGAUCCUACCUCUAGUCGGCAUACUCGGCUCCAUCGUGGGCUUCUGCUUCCUGACGCUGGCCAUCGGCAAGUCCCCCUCCUCCCGGAGCUUGGGCGCUGGCUGUGGUCUCCGACUCUUGACUCAACUGAUAUACGGCAUCAUCGGCCUUCAAUUAUUGCUAUGCGUCGUGGACAGAUUCCCCUUCUGGCUGACCCUGUUCGGAAUCGUCUCCCAUGUCGUCUACUUGGGUAACAUGCGGAGGUUCCCCUUCGUCACACUGACGGAUCCUCUAUUCAUUUCCUCAUGCGUUCUCGUCCUGAUCAACCACUUUGUCUGGUACAAGCAUUUCUCCGCCCGACAGAAGAACGCCUACCAGAACAUGUCCUCAUACUACGAAACCCCUGAUGACAUGCCCACGUUUACCGAAAUUGCUUCGUACUUUGGGAUCUGUGUGUGGCUGGUUCCCUUUGCGCUCUUCGUUAGCCUCAGUGCCAGCGACAACGUCCUACCUUUCGAGAACCCGGCUGCGGCUGCGGCUGCGAGCGGCGACGGCAGUAAGAGGAAAGCGCAGGGCAUGGCUAAGGCUCUAGUAGAUGGACUAGCGAAAUGCCUGCUGCUUAUACUCCUUAGCAAAGCAAUGCUAGACUGCAUCCCCGCCAACUAUGAACCGGACCUACUCAAUGGCAUUCAGCUCAUCAGUGCGCUGUCAUACUUCGCCUCGCUUGCGAUGUUCCUGGCGGUUCUUGGCCACCGCCUGCCUCAUUAA